AUGGGUUUGUUUGGAAAACAGUAUCAUCAAUACCAGGUGGUGGGGAGAGCUCUCCCAACUGAGAAGGAUGAGCAUCCCAAGAUCUUCCGCAUGAAGCUCUGGCACACCAAUGAGGUCCGUGCCAAAUCCAAGUUCUGGUACUUUUUGAGGAAGUUGAAAAAGGUGAAGAAGAGCAACGGGCAAAUCUUAGCCAUUAAUGAGAUCUUUGAGAAAAAUCCAACUACCAUCAACAACUACGGAAUCUGGCUGCGAUACCAGAGUAGGACUGGUUAUCACAACAUGUACAAGGAGUACAGAAACACCACUCUUAAUGGUGCUGUUGAAGACAUGUACACUGAGAUGGCAUCUCGUCACAGGGUGAGGUCUCCGUGCAUCCAAAUCAUCAAGACUGCAACUAUCCCAGCAAAACUUUGCAAGAGGGAGAGCACUAAGCAGUUCCACAACUCCAAGAUCAAGUUCCCAUUGGUGCUCAGGAAGAUUAGGCCCCCAUCUAGGAAGCUGAAGACAACUUACAAGGCAUCCAGGCCAAACAUCUUUAUGUAAUCCUGCUACUUCAUAUGCUGUUCCCUUCAUCGGAAGCGCUGUGCUUUAGCUAAACUAGGUGGACCUAGGAAUGAUAAUAUUUUCUGAACUUUUGUUUGUUGGGAGUAUGAACAUCCGUUUUCCAUUAUCUAUUAUCUAGUGUUUCAGUUUUGAAGAUUAUGUGGUUUUGAUAUAAGAUAUUGAAUUUAAAGAGCUUGGCACUUUGUUUUAUGAUCGAAUUUCAGAGUAUGCAUGUUUGCUUUGUGAUUUUUUUGUUUGUUUGAUAUAUUGGCUUCGGAACAGCUAAUUUGGUCAUG